AUGGAUAAAAAUUUAGAAGUUGCUGACAUAAGUUCAAUCAAACCUUUGAAACUGAGCAAUAAUAGUGAUUUGAUUUAUUUCAACAUUGCGAAAACAAUUGAUAUCAAUAUUCUUCAAGGACUAGAGAUAGAUUUACAAAAUAAGGAAGUUCAAGUAUUUCAGAAUGGCGACGUUUCUUUUGGGGUUUAAGUGAUAGAGGAUAUAACAUGCAAACAAAUAGUGCCAUUAUUCAUAAAUCACGGGAAAUUCGAAAGUAAGUAAAGACUUGUGAGUGUUAGAGAAAGAAAUCAGCAAGGUCGUGAACAUCUUUGA